AUGUUAUCAUCCAAAGAAUUUGUGCCAAAGUCAACUAGUCAAAAUUCUCUGACAAAAUCUCAACCAUUCAAUGCAUCAACAAGUGCUCGUGAAUUAUGGGAGACUGAAAAUAAUAUAGAGUCAAUUUUAGGCCCAGUUGAUGAAUACUUCAAGUAUGAUGUCAAAGUUCAUCAAUCCAUUGUUAAUGCUAAACCAUGGGAAAAAGAUCCGCAUUAUUUUAAAUCGAUUAAAAUAUCAGCUGUUGCUUUGUUGAAAAUGUUAAUCCAUGCACGAUCUGGUGGUAAUUUAGAGGUUAUGGGAUUGCUCAUCGGUAAAGUGGCUCAUCAAACAAUGAUUGUUGUCGAUAGUUCACCAGUGCCGGUUGAAGGGACAGAAACACGUGUAAAUGCCCAGGCAGAAGCUUAUGAAUAUAUGACAACGUAUACAGAAGUGGUAGCACGAGUUGGUCGUACAGAAAAUGUUCUCGGUUGGUAUCAUUCACAUCCAGGAUAUGGUUGUUGGCUAUCUGGUAUUGAUGUUAGUACACAGUUGACUAAUCAAACUUAUCAAGAACCAUUUGUUGCUAUUGUUAUUGAUCCAAUUAGAACAAUAUCUUCAGGAAAAGUUAAUCUUGGUGCCUUUCGUACUUAUCCAGUUGGAUAUCGACCACCGGAUGAUGGUCCUUCCGAAUAUCAAUCAAUACCGAUGGAUAAAAUUGAAGAUUUUGGUGUACAUUGUAAACAAUAUUAUUCUUUAGAAGUGUCACAUUUUAAGUCGAUUUUAGAUAAACGACUAUUAGACUCAUUAUGGAAUAAAUAUUGGGUGAAUACUUUGAGUUCAGUGAGUAUACUUGCACAACCGGAUUAUUUAGCUGGUCUGACAAAAGAUCUUGCUGAGAAAGUUGAACAUGCUGGAUCUGCAAUGUGUCGUAUGAACUGGGACAGUGAUCGGUUGGAAGAUCGUUUAGCCAAAUGUAGUAAAGACGCGACAAAAUUAGCUAUGGAACAGUUACAUGCAUUAACUGGUCAAUUUAUUAAAGACAGUUUAUUUAAUAAAAUCUAA